AUGCAUCAUUGGCUUUAUAUGAUCACUGUGUACAUCAUCGCUACUUCUUCGGCUGAUGGGGCAUCACCAAAAAUCAAACCUUUUCAAUUUUCAAAGGAAUUGAACAUUGGAAAAAGAGCAUCCGUUAUCUGUACAGUCAUUGAUGGAGAUCCACCUUUUGCUUUCUCUUGGUACAAAGACGAAUCUGAAAUUCACGAAAAUAACGUUAUUAGCGUAAAAACAGUAGAUGAGUUCAAUUCGCUUCUCGCAAUAAAAAAGCUCUCUACAAAUAGCAAUGGAAACUACACGUGCAAAGUAUCAAACCAGAUUGGCACUGAUAUAUUUUCAAGUACAUUGUAUCUGAAAGGGUCACAGAAGCCGGAGAUUACGCCCUUCCAAUUUAGUGGAUCCUUAAGAACCGGACACCGCACUUCCGUGAUGUGUGCCGUAAUGACGGGAACACCCCCGUUCGCGUUUAAAUGGCUCAAAGACGGACAUGAUUUGAAAGAGAGUAAUUCGAUAACUAUCAGAAAUAUAGAUGAGUACAACUCAAACCUAGCCAUUUUAAAAUUAGGACCCGAACACAACGGAAACUAUACUUGUCGAGUUUCAAAUCAAGCUGGAUACGAUGUGCAAUCAAAUGCCUUAUUAAUGAAAGGUUUCAAUGCGCCAAAGAUUCAACAGUUUAGCUUCACCAAAGAUUUGGACCUUGGUAUGCGCGUGUCUGUUCAGUGUGCAGUACUAUCAGGAGAUCCUCCUUUCGAGUUCAUGUGGCUGAAAGACGGAGUGCGCUUGUCAGAAAGAAGUGGAAUAUCCCUCAGGAAAAUUGAUGAUUUUACUUAUAAUCUUGUGAUAUUGAAAGUAGAAGCCGAUAGCAAUGGUAACUACUCUUGCCGAGUUUCAAAUGCAGCUGGAGUUGAUGAAACAUUUGAUGUGCUUACCAUAAAAGGUGUGCGAAAGCCUGAAAUCAGACCGUUUCAUUUCACUGGGGAACUCAAGUCCGGUAAAAGAGUAACAUUGGCAUGUUCGGUCAUAGAUGGCGAUCCACCUUUUCAAUUUCAAUGGUUCAAAGAUGGCACAAAAGUGGAAGCAAAAGGAAAUAUCCAAACCAAAACGUAUGAGGAAGACCAUUUUUCAAAUAUAGUAAUUGCGAAAUUAAAUCCUGACAGCAACGGAAAUUAUACGUGCAGAGUGUCAAAUACUGCUGGUCAUGAUGAACAUUCAGCAAACUUAUUGAUCAAAGGCAUGAAACUUCCAGAAAUAAAACCUUUUCAUUUUUCCGGUGAGUUGAAGUCUGGAAAAAGGGUGACUCUCACCUGUUCCGUCGUAGAUGGUGAUCCACCAUUCACUUUCCACUGGAUGAAAGAUGGCUCUGAUGUCAAACAAAAUCAACGAAUCAUCGUUCGAACUCAAGACGAUAUUUACGUUUCAAAUUUGAUCAUUACUAAAUUAGCUCCUGAUGACAACGGAAAUUACACUUGUCGUGUAUCCAACUCCGCGGGAAGCGAUGCACAUUCCGAAAAGUUGCUUAUGAAAGAUAAAAUUGCUCCAAAGAUCAACCCUUUCCACUUUUCUGGUGAAAUUAACUUGGGAAUGAGAGCUUCUGUUUCGUGUGCCAUAAUUGACGGCGAUCCACCUUUUGAAUUCUUUUGGUUCAAAAAUGGCAUUCCUCUUUCGGAUGAACCUAACACAGCCAUUCGAAAAUUCGAUGAGUUUACGUUGAAUCUUGCUAUUCAGAAAGUAGGAGUGAAUAGCAAUGGCAAUUAUUCUUGCAAAGUUACUAACAAGUAUGGACACGAUGAGAAAUCUGCUGUACUAUCAGUUAAGGGUGUGAAAAAACCUAAAAUCAAGGCUUUUCACUUUUCUUCUGAUCUCGAAACUGGUAUGCGAGCAGCUGUGAUGUGCGCAGUCAUCGGUGGAGAACCCCCCUUCGAGUUUUCCUGGUUUAAAGAUGGAGUAAAACUUUUGGAACAUAGAGACAUUUCUGUCAAGUCUAUCGAUGAAUUCACGUCUAAUCUAAUCAUUAAAAAUUUAGGACCUACAAGUAACGGUAAAUACACGUGUAAAGUAUCGAAUUCUGGAGGUGAAGAUGAGUACUCAGAUGAACUGAGUAUGAAAGACCAAACUGCUCCAAAGAUUAACCCUUUCCACUUUUCUGGCGAAAUUAACUUGGGGAUGAGAGCUUCUGUUUCGUGUGCCAUAAUUGAUGGAGAUCCACCUUUUGAGAUUUCUUGGUUCAAAAAUGGCAUUCUUCUUUCGGAUGGGUCGAACAUAUCCAUUCGCAAGGUGGAUGAUUUCACCCUGAAUCUUGCCCUUCAGAAAAUUGGAGUGAAUAGCAAUGGCAAUUAUUCUUGUAGAGUUACUAACAAGUAUGGACACGACGAAAAAUCCGCUCUGCUCUCAGUUAAAGGUCAAAAAGUACCUGAAAUCAAGCCGUUUCACUUCUCUGGUGAACUUAAGGCCGGCCGAAGAACUUCACUCAGCUGUUCUGUCAUCGAUGGAGAGCCACCAUUUGUUUUUCGUUGGUUGAAAGACAAUGUUGAAAUUCGGCAAAACAAUAAUAUCGUUAUACGUACCCAAGAAGAUAUUUUCGUUUCUAAUCUUGUUAUCCUAAAACUGGGAUCAUCCGAUAAUGGAAACUACACUUGUCGUGUUUCGAAUGCAGCAGGUAGCGCUGAGCAUUCUGAAGCUCUGUUAAUGAGGAGAUCAAUCAAACCUGAUGUAAAACCUUUUCAUUUCGCUGGUGAAUUGAGAUUUGGAAAACGGACUGUUGUUACUUGUGCUGUGAUUGAUGGGGAACCACCAUUUUCUUUUACUUGGUUAAAAGAUGGGAUGGAGCUCAAAACUAGCCAAGACUUUUCGAUCGCAAGCGUGGAUGGUUACAUAUCCACAUUAACAAUUCCUAAACUCGACGCUGAGAGUAAUGGAAAUUACACGUGCAGAGUUAGGAAUAAUGUUGGCACGGAUGAAAAAAACGAUGUUCUUCGUAUUAAAGGUUUGAAGAGUCCCGAAAUUGCUCCUAUUCGGGUGAAUGGAAACAUCGUACUGGGUGAAAGAAUUGGAAUAAUAUGUUUUGUAUCUCGAGGAGACCCACCUUUCAGUUUUAUGUGGUUGAAAGACGGAAGUAUUAUAAAAAAUUUACCCAAUCUGGGAAUAGCUUCACACACAAUUGAUGAGUAUACAUCUGCUUUAACUAUUUCAAAAUUAGGUGCCGAAAGCAAUGGUAAUUACUCUUGCAAAGUCCGUAACGAUGCUGGUUCUGAUGAAAAGUUCGAUGUCGUACUUGUAAAAGCUCAAAAAAGGCCAAAAAUCAAACCUUUUCAAUUUUCUGGUGAGCUCACACUAUCGCAGAGAACUUCUUUGACUUGCUCUGUAAUUGACGGCGAUCCUCCAUUUGCAUUUAGUUGGUUUAAAGAUACCUUACCAAUUAAAACUAACAGUAAUAUUGUAAUUCGGACCCAAGAGGAUGUCUUCAUUUCGUUGCUUAUCAUAACUAAGCUAGGUCCAGGCGACAAUGGCAAUUAUACUUGUCAAGCUUCAAAUGGUGUAGGAAGCUCCCAACAUACGUCACAACUGCUUAUGAGAAGUGUGAAAAAGCCUAAAAUAAAGGCUUUUCACUUUUCUGCUGAUCUGGAAACUGGUAUGCGAGCAGCUGUGAUGUGCGCUGUCAUCGCUGGUGAUCCACCUUUCGAGGUGUCCUGGUUUAAGGAUGGAGUAAAACUUUUGGAACCUAGAGACAUUUCUAUCAAGUCUAUCGAUGAAUUCACAUCUCAUUUGACCAUUAAAAAUUUAGGUCCUGAAAGUAACGCUUUGAACAGCCCUGGCAUUGGUCCAUUUCGCUUCUCUGGUAACAUGAUGGUAGGGAACAGAGUUGGAGUUAUGUGUGUUGUCAGCCGAGGAGAUCCACCAUUCACAUUCACCUGGCUCAAAGAUGGCGUCGAAAUUCGAAAUAUUCCCAAUUUAUCCAUCGCGGGAGUAGAUGAAUAUACUUCAACACUAUCUAUCUCUAAACUUGAGGCAGAAAGUAAUGGGAAUUAUACAUGUAGAGUCUCGAACAAGGCUGGUAUAGAUGAAAAAUACGAUUCUGUAAUGGUAAAGGCCCUCAAAGCACCCAAAAUUAAAGAUUUUCAUUUCUCUGGACAACUAAGCGCUGGUAUGAGAACAGUUGUUCUGUGUGCUGUAAUCGAUGGAGACCCACCUUUUACAUUCAGCUGGUUUAAAGAUGCAAAACAAUUGCAAGAGAGUAAAGAUGUUACGCUUAAAGCGCUUGAUGAAUUUACAUCAACGUUGAUCGUGACAAAUCUCGGCCCUGAUCAUAAUGGCAAUUAUACUUGCAAGGUGACUAAUCCUGCUGGUAUUGACCAACAUUCUGACAUUCUUAGCAUGAGAGUCUACAAAUUCGUGCUUGCCAAUCCAGAGUUAGUUGACGAAAUUCAAGGAGGUGGGACAAAACCAGACAUCCGUCAAUUUCAUUUUUCUGGAGACCUGAAAAUCGGCAAGCGAACAGCUGUCGCUUGUGCAGUUAUUGACGGUGAUCCUCCCUUUUCCUUUGUUUGGCUAAAAGAUGGACAACAGUUGAACAACAAUCAAGAAAUUUCUAUAGCCAAUGUAGAUGACUACUUAUCAACUUUGACCAUCGCAAAACUUGGACCUCAUAGUAAUGGGAACUAUACUUGCCAAGUAUCCAACAUCGUUGGUCUUGAUGAAAAACAUGAUGUUUUGCUUAUGAAAGCUACUAAACCUGACGUCAAACAAUUUCAAUUCUCUGGAGAACUUCGAUUUGGUCGUAGAACUGUUGUAACCUGUGCUGUCUUGGAUGGCGACCCUCCAUUUGUUUUUCAGUGGAUAAAAGAUGGCCUAGAAUUGAAAAACAGCAGAGAAUAUAGCAUAGCUAGCGUUGAUGGAUAUAUUUCAACUUUAACAAUAUUCAAACUUGGGGCUGAAAGCAAUGGAAAUUAUACUUGUAAAGUCUCAAAUCUUGCUGGGACAGAUGAGAAAAAGCGAUAUACUUCGAAUAAAAGGCAAUAA